AUGAGAACCCUUUUCAUUUGUCUGUUCGUCGUGGGUAGCGUUUUUGCUUUGAAUGGAAAGGGUUUGAAUAAUGAUGUAGUUGCGUUGUUAGGAGUUCCAUAUGCUAAACCGCCAGUUGACACUCUUAGAUUCAGAGAAUCCGUACCUGUCGAAUUUGAUAAAGAAAAAAGUUAUAAAGUAUGGAGAAAUCGCUGUAUCGACUUCCGUGUGGAAGAAGGACUCAGUGAAGAUUGUUUAUAUCUGAAUAUGUUUGUAAAAAAAGAAAAUUUCUUAAAAGGAAAGAAGACCAAACUUUUGCUUCAUAUUACUAAUGAAGAAGUUUCUGAGACUAAAAUAUCCUCCCUUGUAACCGCUGACUUGUCCGUAGCAGUUGCCAGUGCGCGUGAUGGUGUUCUAGGUUCCUUGAAUGAUGCUCCUUAUUCUGUCAGUGAUGUCAAAGCAAUUUUAAAUUUUCUGUAUGAUACUGAUGAGUUUCUUGUUGGAGAUGUUACUAUCUGGGCUGAGAACACAUUGGCAGAGACUGUCGCUUCAGCUCUGCCACAAAUAACUGUUAAGGCAAGUAUUCAAAUCAACGGUAAUGGUGUAACCAGAACUCGAUACAGAGAAGACUAUGGAAAGCGAGCCAUGCAUGAUCUUCGAACAUUAUCAGCGUGUGAUUUACCAGCAGAAGAGCAAUCAUUAGACUGUUUACGUACAAAAUCCUUGAACGAUCUCUUAGACCAUGCUCACGAACUUUGGGUGUCAUACAGACCAUUGGGUAGUCCGUUUAGGAGUCCUCGUACAUUCAUCCCAGAAAAUAGUGUACCUACCAUCUAUGGCAUACAUAAACAUAUCGGAAAAGAAUAUCUUUAUGAGCCUAGAGAUUUCACUGAGCAAUUUGAUUACAAUAUUUUCAAGGAGUUUUUAGCUAACUUAAUCCCUGAUUCACUUUUCAAAAACGCACCACUUGUCAGAAGGAUGAUUUUGCAUCAGUAUGUAUAUUCAACUGGAGACAAGAAAGAUACCUAUCAUCUGUUCCAGCAAAUGGAAAAAAUUUUAUUCGAUAAAGACUAUCAUAUUCCAACAGAGAUGCUUAUUCGCCAUUUGCGAGAGUAUAAGAACAAAGUAUGGCUCAUGGAAUAUGGUGUUGAUACUCCGCUGAAAUCUUGUGUUCAAGAUGGAACACCAGAUACACUUGAUGCUUUCUGCAAGCGACUUCUUCAGUUUUUCACUCGUUUUGCUGAAAAAGAUGCUCCAACAGAAUAUUCUUGCGAUCCCAAGAAUCCAAAUUUCCCACAAAUGGAUACAUCCAAAAGACCAUAUUACAUCAUUCUACCUGAGAGUGGUAUUGCUGACUGGAGAUAUAAUUACUACCUGCCAGAAUACGAAUUGUGGAUGCAUAUGGUUCCAAUGCUUGACCAAUUGGAUUUGGUUGGUUUUCGACCGCCACAGUUCGAAGAAGCCAAGCAAACUGAGCCUUUGCAAGUAGAAGAUGAUGUGCAGGGCUGGCAUCAGGAAGAGGCGAAGAAAGGUGAAAAGCUUCACCAAGAGAAAGUCGAAUUGUAG